UCAUCACAGCAGCAGAAGACUGGGGGAUGGCGGUCAUGUGUUGUACUGUCUUGCUUUUAGUCAGCUGACUGAUACGACUUGUUUGCUAUGUUUAUUCCGUAGUUAGUGCUAUUACCUUUCUGUUUUGAAUGAAUGCCGCGUCAUGCUUCGUUGAGGAGAACCAUGGUUGUCGUCAACUCGGUGCUCAAGUUGGUACAAAGGCAAACAUACACCUGCCUAUCUCAUCGGUAUGGACUGUACAUAUGCUGGGGCAUCGUGCUUAUGAUAGUUUCUGCCUUUCAGUUUGGAGAGGUGGCGAUGGAAUGGAGUCGUGAUCAGUAUCAUGUGCUGUUUGACUCCUACAGGGACAAUGUUGGUGGGAAGUCUUUUCAAAGCAGACUGUGUUUGCCAAUGCCUAUAGAUGUAGUAUACACAUGGGUGAAUGGCACAGAUAUAGCACUUCUUAAACAACUAAAGACUGUCAAAGAACAGUUGGAGCAAGAACAAAAAGCUCUAAGGGAACGCCUAGGGAAAAAUGCAACAGACACAAGUGAUGUGCCAAAAGACAGCUUAAAGCCAGAAUGCCUGCUCUCCCAUUGCAUCAUAGCACCAAUACUCGCUCUGGACCCUGCUUUGCCCGCCAACAUUACAGUUAAAGACCUGCCAUCUGUUGUUCCCUCCUUGUCUGAAGCCAAGGAGUUGUUGCUCAUGAACAAGCCUUCUCAUCCCUCCACGGCUGUCUCUCUAGUUGUCUUCCACUCUCAGGCUGAAGCUGAUCAGGCCUAUUCUACUUCUUCUAGAGAGAAACAUAGAUUUUUGCUUUCUAGAUGCUACCUGACCACAGAUAAAGAAGCCCCAGGUCUGAUCCGCAUGCAGACUUUGGCCUACCUGAGUGGCUUUCCAGCAUCUUACAAAGAAACGGAACAAUUAAAAGUGAAACUACCCUCUGUUAUUACCAAUAAGAUCAAAAAGUUUGAGCUAUAUUCAGAGGCCAGUAUUGCUUUGCUUUACUUGAAAAGCUCACAGGACUUUACAGAUCUGACACAACAGGCUAAAAAGAAUCUAACUCUUGAUGGGAAGGAAUUAAACAUCAGUCCGACUUACCUUUUCUGGGACUUAACAGCCAUCUCUCAAUCCAAACAAGAUGAGGAUGUCUCUGCCAGUCGAUUUGAAGACAAUGAGGAGCUUCGUUACUCUCUACGCUCAGUGGAGAAACAUGCCCCGUGGGUGCGCCACAUUUUCAUUGUGACUAAUGGACAAAUUCCCUCUUGGCUUAACCUAGAUAAUCCUAGAGUCUCAGUUGUUACACAUCAGGAUAUCUUUUUGAACCAUAGCCACCUGCCAACUUUCAGCUCUCCUUCCAUUGAGACCCACAUCCACCGCAUCCCCGGCCUCUCCCAGAAGUUCAUUUAUCUAAACGACGAUGUGAUGUUUGGCAAAGAUGUUUGGCCAGAUGAUUUUUACACCCACUCAAAGGGACAGAAGGUGUAUCUAACUUGGCCUGUUCCUAACUGUGCCGAGGGCUGUCCUGGAUCAUGGAUCAAAGAUGGCUACUGUGAUAAGGCUUGUAACAAUUCAGCAUGUGACUGGGAUGGAGGAGAUUGCCUGGGAGCAGGUGGAAUAGGACGGUUUGCAGGUGGGAUCCCGGGAGGAGGGGCAGGAGGAGCUGGAGCACAGAUGUGGCAGUUUGCAGGUGGCGUCGGAGGCCUUGGUGGAACGUCCUAUUGUAAUCAAGGCUGUGCCAACUCCUGGCUGGCAGACAAGUUCUGUGACCAAGCUUGCAAUGUUCUUCCCUGUGGGUACGAUGUUGGAGACUGUGGUCAAGAGCAUUUUGACGAGCUGUAUAGAGUGACCUUAAUAAGAAAUCAAAGUGUUUAUACUCUUCCAGUGGGAGAGAUCAAACCUUAUUUCAGCUUUGAGCAAAUAGCCCACAGAGUCUCAGAAGCCCAUGUCAGUGAAAAUGCAGCAGUGCGCCACACCUCUGUUGCCAACAAGUGGAAGACCAUUCACUUGCUGCUCUACGCUGGCCACAACAGGACACAAAUCCACUACAACAUGACCUUUCAAAAGGAUGACAGUAUAGAGUUCAUCAUGGGGUUUAGUGUAGUCAUUGACACUCGUGAGCUCCCUCAUGUUAAUGUAUCUCAUACUAUAAGUAAGGACGAAAACAGAGACUCAAAGCCCACUCCCACCCCUGAGACUUUCUUACCGUUCUCCGACGUACCAGAAGAAAACCAGGGUCCCAAAAUUAUCAAAAAGCAGCCAGCAGAAAAGCAGAUGGUUAUAGAAGUUCCUGUUGUUAAUGUUUCUUUGCUGCCAGCCUCCGUGCGCACUGAGAUUCAAAAACUUGAUGAGAAACUCCUAAUUGGUGACAUUACUUUAAAAGGCUACAACCUGACCAAGGCUGAGCUGCUGAGACCAUUCAAAGUAAACCAGUCCCCCACAAAGGCAAGUUCAGAGAAAAAGUCAAAGGUAUUAAAAGAUCUGGAUAGUGAAUCUCAAGAUAAGUUAAUAUCCCCAAUGGCUGAUAAACAAGCCAAAACAAACAUACGGCAAGAACGAGGCAAAACAAAGCCUACGACUACUCCUAUCCCAGUCAACAUCAAUGAUGACUUUCAAGAUGACCCAAACACUUACACUAUAAGAGCAGCAAUUGAAAGGCCCUUAAUUUCAAAGUUGUUAAAUGGUAAUUCCAAAGUCAAAAGUCUGCAGAAUCUACCGGAAGAAGGUGGUGCACCGGACAGAACUGUAGUAGGGAGGAGAUUGCAACAUUUUACCUCAGCAGACAGAGGUUUCCUACCUUGGGAGAGAAGGAAAUUCUUUCAAAGCCUUCUAGAAGAAGAGGAGCACCUGCAAACAGAACUAAUGUACAAGGCCAAUGGUGCUGCUGCAGGGCGAAGACUUCAAGACACUUUUGCCGAUUCCUUACGUUACGUCAAUAAACUACUCAACAGUCAGUUUGGUUUUACGUCACGCAAAGUCCCUGCACACAUGCCACACAUGAUAGAUCGAUUCAUUAUGCAGGAGCUGCAAGAUAUGUUCCCUGAAGAGUUUGACAAAACAUCUGGCCAUCGUGUCCGUCACUCAGAGGACAUGCAGUUUGCCUUCUCAUACUUCUACUUCCUGAUGAGUGCACAGCAGCAGCUCAAUGUCUCUGAUGUGUUUGAUGAAAUUGAUACUGAUCGUUCAGGAAUUCUGUCUGAUCGGGAGAUUCGAACUCUUGCCACAAGGAUCCAUGAACUACCCCUAAGCCUCCAAGAUUUGACCAGUUUGGAACAGAUGCUUAUAAACUGCUCUAAAACACUGCCGACCAAUUUAACUCUGCUUCAUUUAGUGAAGCCAACACAAGAGGCAUAUUAUGACCCCAGCAUGCCAUCUGUCACAAAAGGCCUGGUUAUUCACUGCAAAGCAAUCACAGAUCGCAUACACAAGGCAUUUAAAGACCAGAAUAAAUAUAAGUUUGAGAUUAUGGGGGAAGAGGAGAUUGCUUUCAAGAUGGUACGCACCAAUGUGUCCCAUGUGGUUGGCCAAUUAGAUGACAUAAGAAAAAACCCAAGAAAGUUUGUUUGUCUGAAUGACAACAUUGAUCACAGCCAUAAAGAUGCAGCUACAGUGAAGGCUGUUUUGAGAGAUUUCUACGAGUCCAUGUUUCCCCUGCCCUCACAGUUUGAAUUGCCCAGAGAAUAUCGCAACAGAUUUCUACACAUGGAAGAACUACAAGAAUGGCGGCUAUACCGUGACAAGUUGAAGUUUUGGACUCACUGUGUUCUUGUGGCACUCGUCAUCUUUACUGUCAUGUCCUUUUUUGCUGAACAGCUGGUUGCUCUGAAGCGAAAACUCUUUCCCAGACGCAGAGUGUAUAGGGAUCAAAGCUCAGAGAGGGUUUGACGAGGCUCCCACUCCUCUUCAAUGAGUACACACACUCCUUCAGUACCUUGGGACAGCAGCAGGUCCUGCCAGGGGGACCGGUCUCGUGUCGCAUCAGUGUGACUUGGGCAUCGAAUUGCAUGUGUUCUGGUGAUGACACAUUGUGAAGAUGAUGGAUGACAGUGAUUAUUACACAGGCACAAUGGCUGGUACAGUGCUGCCUUUCAGGGGCUCUUUUAUACAGCACACUGAGGUACUUCAAGUCUGGUCCUACCAAUGUUUGUCCCGCUGAAGUAGUUUUUUGUUAUAUAUAUAUGUAUAAACAUGUUGCAUUUUCAAGAUGGGUUUAAAUUAUUGAGGUACCAAAAGUUAAUUCAUGAAGUAAUUGUUUUUACUUUUAUUUUGUUAUCAAUACUUGAAGUGCCUUUAUCGUAUUUAUAGGGGUUUACCCUGAUCUUUAAGUCAUUCCUUCUUGAGAAUGUGGUCUUGUAUGCUGAGGGCUUUUAAAAUGUCUAGUCUUAAAUGUUUGUAAAUGUUGUUCAGAUACAUGGCAACAUGUUUUGUGUUAUCCAGAAUGAAUGAAUAAAUGAGUGGAAGUAGGGUCAGAUAAAAUUGAUAGCAGAAUACCCACAGUCUGCUCUUAACCACCUGUGUGUGUGUGUGUGUCCCUGUGGGACGCGACAGGCUACUGUCUGAAAUUCAGACCCCUUUCAGCAUGUUUUGUAACUUAUGACUGUAUCAUGUGAUGGUAAACUUGCCAUUUAUAAAUGCUUCAAGUUUAAACAGCGUUUAAUGGAAAUAGUUGUCAAUGUUUCCGCACUCU